AUGACAAAAGCAGGACUGUCCAAUGCCAGGAUCAUCGACGCAAAGAUCAUCUUCAUUUCGCUGCCCGAUGCCAGCGUGGACUGCAUCAUCAGCAACUGCGUGAUCAACCUGGUCCCGGCGGUCGACAAACCCCGCUGUGUUCAGGGAGAUCGCUCGACUCCUGAAGCCCGGGGGCAGAGUGGCAACAUGGCGCUGUACGUGGGCUGUGUGGCUGGUACGAGUCUGGUUGAGAAGUACGAGGAAUACCUUGGGCAGGCCGGCUUUGAAGGUGUAUUGAUUGUGGACACAAAGUCGGAUCUCAAUGUCUAUCAGGAGUCUUCGAAUUUGCCCCAGGGCUCAUGUUGCGCCGGUGGAUGCGGGACCGAGACCGCCAGUGCCAUAACCGACUUGAAUUUCAAUGAGUGGGUUGGCUCAUUCCAGAUCUACGCCAUCAAGGCCAAGGGCUGCUCAGCUGGCUCAUAUUCUUUUUCGGGGGAGGUAACUGCGGAAAAAAUGCUGAACAGAACGGUUCCACGACGUGUAUGA